CUGAGGGGGCUCCGGGCGGGGACGGCGGCGGCGCUGGGCGUUAGCGCCAUGGAGGGGCCCCGCGGGGCCGAUCCCGGCGAGCGGAGCCCCCUGCUGGGGGGCGGCAGCGGCAGGUGGCGGGGCCGGGCUCCGCCCGGCGGCGGCGGCUCCUUCCAGGGCCGGCGCCUGGCCUGCGCCGCCGUGCUGCUGGCCGAGCUGCUGGAGCGGGUGGCCUUCUACGGCAUCACCUCCAACCUGGUGCUGUUCCUCAACGGGCCCCCCUACAGCUGGGAGGGCGCCCAGGCCAGCCAGGCCCUGCUGAUCUUCAUGGGCAUCACCUACCUGGUCUCGCCCUUCGGCGGCUGGCUGGCCGACGCGCUGCUGGGCAAGUUCGGCACCAUCCUGCUCAGCCUGGCGCUCUACCUGCUGGGCAUGCUGGCCUUCCCGGCCCUGGCCGCCUCGGGCCCGCGGCAGGCGCUCUGCGGGAAGAUCGCGCUGGUCCGCGUGGAGAACGCCUCCUCCUCCUCCUCCGCCGCCGCCAACGCCACCCUCGCCCCCUGCUCCCAGGAGGGCGCCGGCCGCUACUGCUCCGUCGCCGUCUUCGCCGGCUUGGCCCUGGUGGGCUUGAGCGUGGGCUCCGUCAAAGCCAACAUCACCCCCUUUGGGGCCGACCAGGUCAAAGACCGAGGUCCAGAAGCCACAAGAAGAUUUUUUAAUUGGUUUUAUUGGAGCAUUAAUUUGGGAGCUAUUGUCUCCCUGGGAGGCGUUGCAUACAUUCAGCAGAAUGUCAGCUUCGUUAUUGGAUACAUCAUCCCAACAGUUUGCAUUGGGAUUUCGUUCUUGGUGUUUUUGUGUGGUCAGAGUUUCUUCAUCACAAAGCCACCUGAUGGCAGUGCCUUCACAGACAUGUUUAAGAUUCUGGCGUACUCUUGUUGCUCACGAAAGAGAUCCAGGGAACACCGAACUAAUAGUGAAAUCCAGGAAGUGCUUCAGCAGCCUCGUAAGCAAAGCCUGUUUGAGAUGGCGAAGAUGUCUCAUGGAGGGCCGUUCAGAGAAGAUAAAGUGGAAGAUGUGAAAGCCCUUGUCAAGAUUAUCCCUGUCUUUUUGGCUCUUAUACCUUACUGGACAGUGUAUUUUCAGAUGCAGACUACAUACGUUUUACAGAGUCUACAUUUGAAAAUCCCUGAAAUUUCAAACGUUACCACCCGUAUUCAUACGUUUCCUGCAGCCUGGUUGACUAUGUUUGAUGCAGUGCUUAUUCUGAUCCUAAUACCCUUAAAGGAUAAAGUGGUGGACCCCAUUCUGAAGAGGAAUGGCUUGCUCCCAUCAUCUUUGAAGAGGAUUGCAGUUGGAAUGUUCUUUGUGAUGUGCUCUGCAUUUGCAGCAGGAAUUUUGGAAGGCAACAGACUGAGUAUUGUAAAGGUUAAAACAAUUAAUCAGACAAUUGGAAAUGUUACAUAUUAUGCUGCUGAUUUGCCAAUAUGGUGGCAGAUUCCUCAAUAUGUACUGAUUGGAUUCAGUGAAAUAUUUGCAAGCAUAGCAGGCCUAGAAUUUGCAUAUUCAGCUGCUCCCAAAUCCAUGCAGAGUGCCAUUAUGGGACUGUUCUUUUUCUUUUCUGGAAUUGGGUCAUUUGUUGGCUCAGGACUGCUGGCGUUGGUGUCUAUUAACGCAAUUGGCUGGAUGAGUAAUCAUACAGAUUUUGGUAACAUUAAUGGCUGCUUUUUAAACUAUUACUUUUUCCUGCUGGCGGCUAUCCAAGGAGCAACCCUCCUGCUUUUCCUUAUUGUUUCUGUGAAAUACGACCGUCAAAGAUCAAGGACUAAUGGAGUGACUGCCAAUGGGAGGACCUGACAGUAUCUGAAGUGGAAGAGCAGUUUAUUAGACCAGCAUGCAAUAAAUUAACUGGCAAUGAACUGAUAGCUUGCGAGAUCUUAAACUGUUCUUCAAUGGGACUCUUUCCUUAAACUUGCAUGUUACAUGAGUUCUCACCCCUGCCCCUUUCCCUGUAGGUAAGUGCCUUAUGUUGGUGGGGCUUGUAUGCCCUGUUGUAGAGAGAAUGCAGAUCUUGGAAGUGCAUUAACUCUAGGUAUUGAAGGCGCUGUGCUCAUGCUGACAUGUUGGACUACUUAGCAUCUUUGGAAACUGAAUAUAACUAGUCAAAACUAAUAAGGCAACAUUGUAUAAUGUGGCUCACUCCUAAGUGAAGAACUUUGUUCAAUGAAGAAAGGUGGAUCUGGGGUGGGGAAACACUUUUUAGCAGUCUUUAUUAUGUUAAAGGCACCUGUUUUUCCCACAAAAUGCUGCAUUUCCUUGAAGUUCUGGUUACAGUUCAAGAGGCUCGGUGAAAUUAGUAAGAGAUCUCCUCCUCCUCUGAAUUUUAAAAAUUUGAGGAAAUGAAAUUCAACAGGUCAAUUUUGGGACAAGUGGAGGCAAUCUAAACUUUAUAGUUCUGACUAGCUGGAUAAAAAGGGAUGGCUUGUAUGCAAUGGAUCUUUCGUUGCAAAUAGGAAAAAUGUUUUAAGCCUACACUUCAGUAUUUGAUAUAAAAUGGCCUUGGGUGCAUUUAGACAAUACAAUAGGUUAUUUUGUAGCUGCUAUCAUUUUUUUAUACAUGUUAGACACUUUUGGGGACUGAACUGGUUUUACUCCAGGAUUUUUUUUUAAGGUCAGAGUUAGGUGUAUUAGGACAUUAGGGAAACUUGUGUCCUUGAAUAAGCAAGUCUUUUAUCUAAUGUUAUCAGUUUCAUUAUCUCUAUUUAAAGAUCCUUAAAUAUUUUCAAGCGUGUGAAAAGAGAUUGGAGACUGAAUUUCAGUAGGCUUCUCAGUAAAUGAAUGUGUAAUAUCAAUUGGAGGUCUCUUAGCCCUAAUAUCUUCAGUCCUGGUGUCUUUUAUGUAAUUCUUGCUAAUGUGCUACAGGGCUAGAACCUUUCAGCAACACAUUCCCAUUAUAGAGUAAAUGUAGUUUUUACUCUUUCAGCCUGUUCGACUUUAAUUGCUUUACCCUAUUGUAUUUAAUACUGCAUAUGCAAGGCGAUAUGGAAAGCAAUAGUUUGCAAGUGAUGAUAAAGAAAACAAACUGAAAAAUCAAUAUUUUUAUUAAACAGUUGAAUGUGCUUGAGCUUUUACAGUUUCCUUUGGUGACUGCAUUUAAAAUGUUAAAUAUUUUUUUGGUACAUAGAAUGUCCUUUUAAUGAGUUUACAAAGCAAAAUGAACUCUUGUGCUGUGACUUCUGACCCUUUGUUCCUAGGUGAAUAAAAUUACACUGCAGAUCU